AAAAAACGCUUCUUUCUGUCUCUUUCUUUACUUCAAAAACACUCUGAAUAAACAGAAUCUACAAAAACACGCUUCAAACUCACGUUGUAGAGAGAAACAAAGUCUCGAGCAAGAGAAAGAAGAGAUGGAUUCGAAUGGCGUCGAUGAGCAGGAGAUGAAGUUGGUGCAAGGAGCUGCUGGCUACGUUCUCGAAGAUGUUCCUCACUUGACCGAUUACAUUCUCGAUCUCCCCACUUAUCCAAACCCGUUGCAGUCGAAUCCUGCUUACUCAGUAGUGAGGCAGUAUUUUGUUGAUGAGGACGAUACAGUCCCACAAAAGAUUGUUGUUCACAAGGGUUCUCCUAGAGGGACACAUUUUAGACGAGCUGGACCACGACAAAAGGUGUAUUUCAAGCCAGCUGAUGUACGGGCAUGUAUUGUCACAUGUGGUGGUCUUUGCCCUGGUCUUAAUACAGUAAUCAGGGAGAUUGUCUGUGGUCUUCACUACAUGUAUGGUGUCACAGAAGUACUUGGUGUCAAUUGUGGGUUCAGUGGAUUCUAUUCCAAAAACACCGUCACUCUGACACCGAAGGAUGUUAGUGACAUCCACAAGCGCGGGGGAACCAUGUUAGGAACAUCUCGAGGGGGCCAUGAUACAUCAAAGAUCGUUGACAACAUACAGGAUCGUGAAAUAAAUCAGGUUUACAUCAUUGGAGGUGAUGGAACCCAAAAGGGAGCAUCUGCAAUAUACAAGGAGAUUAGACGUCGUGGACUUAAAGUUGCUGUCGCAGGAAUCCCAAAAACCAUCGACAAUGACAUCCCAGUUAUUGACAAGUCGUUUGGAUUUGAUACUGCGGUUGAGGAGGCUCAACGUGCUAUUAACGCAGCGCAUGUUGAAGCGACAAGUGUGGAAAACGGCAUUGGACUUGUCAAGCUAAUGGGUCGCUACAGUGGGUUCAUUGCAAUGUACGCGACUCUGGCCAGCCGGGACGUUGACUGCUGUCUGAUUCCAGAGUCGCCUUUUUACCUUGAAGGCAAAGGAGGGCUUUACGAGUUCAUUGCAAAACGGCUGAGAGAAAAUGGCCACAUGGUUAUAGUGGUUGCUGAAGGUGCAGGACAAGAUCUCGUCGCCGAGAGCAUUGAACAGCAAGAUGCUUCGGGGAACAAGCUCCUUAAAGAUGUUGGACUAUGGAUGAGUCUUAAAAUCAAGGAACACUUUGCGAAGCAGAGAAAAAUGGACAUUACUCUGAAAUACAUUGAUCCGACAUACAUGAUCAGAGCUAUCCCAGCCAAUGCAUCUGACAACGUUUACUCUACUCUCCUCGCCCAAAGCGCAGUCCAUGGGGCAAUGGCGGGCUAUACCGGCUUCAUCUCUGGCCUUGUUAAUGGAAGGCACACCUACAUUCCCUUCAACCGAAUAACGGAAAAACAGAACAAAGUUGUGAUUACAGACAGAAUGUGGGCUCGGAUGCUGUCAUCCACGAACCAGCCAAGCUUCAUGAACCCUCCUAAUGGAGCCACAGAGGGGGCAAACUGAAGCCAAAAAACUGUUGGCAGAGUUUUAUAUCUUCAUUUGUAGUUUUGACUGCAUCGAGAUUGAAUCAUUUAGGUGAGAGACAGUAUCAUUGUUCUCGUGUUUUCUUUUGCUGAAGAUAAACAAUUCUUGUGAAGUCAUGUUUGGUCUCUUAUUGAUUGGAAAGAGAAGCCUAGAGUUUAUGCUCGCCUUUUCAUGAAACUAGACCAACCAUGUGCUUUGUUUUUCUUCUUUGUUAUAUAGAAACACAUAUAUAAGAUUGAUGAAUAUUGAUAUUAACGUCUUCAAA